AUGAAGGCCCGUGAGCACAAGACCAGCACGCGGUUAGGCCAGGCCAUCAAUAUUACCGUGUACUGGGACAUUGCUAUUGAGAUCAGCCAGCAGUUCAUGCAGCUAUCCAGCGCGUUUGCCAGUAAUAUACAGGAGAAGCAGAAAUUGGCCGCGGCUGCAUUAAAUACAGACGCGGAGAAUAGUAUAGAUAAGAAGUAG